UCCAAGAGGACAAUCUUUUGAUAGAAGGGAAGCGAGACCUUACGGCAAGGUUCUGUGCCUGUCGCAAAGUUGGGUGCGAUGGUUCCAGCAACCUCAUUUUCUUUAGCUAGCUCACAGAGCUCCUUCAGGUGCAACGCAGCGUUUUUUCUGUCAGCCAGACCCAGACCGUUGCUCAGAUUACCCUUGUUGAGGGCAACACCCGUGGUAGCAGAGGCAGAUGCAGCAGGAAAGAAGAAGCCAACGAAGGCCUCAGAGUUCAGAUCUCUGGACGCCAGUCAAAUACAGGAGGAGGUGCAAAAGUCAAAGAGGUCACUCUUUGACUUGCGGAUGGCGCAGAAGACGAAGCAGCCCUUCAAGCCCAGCGACUUCGCCUUCCACCAAAGAAAGAUUGCGCAGCUCCUGACAUUGGCGCGGGAGCGUGAGAUUGAGCAGGGCAUCAAUCUGCGCCAGGCCCGCAAGACUGCAAAGAACAAGAUGGUGGCAGCUGGCUUUGGCGGUCUGUACCGCUGAGAAAUGUUUUGGAAGCGAGCAGUGGGGUCAGUGGGGGCAGACAGACUCAUGGCACUGGAGGCUCUGCUGCUUUACCGGUAAUCAGUUCCUAACGAGCUCGCUUACAUGAGUUCUUAACGAGCUCGUUACUGAUCAGAACCUCAUAAGAUUCUGUUACUGCUUGCGCUGCUGACACUGAAGAAGACCAUUGCAGACACUGGGCGGUGCUCCUUUCAAGAGGUGUUGCCCAGCUGGCAUCCAUUAGAGACAAGAUUGUACUAGCUCAGUAGCUCUGAGCCCAAACCUGAGCCUGGUAUACAGACUCUUCAGAAGCUUGGAGGUCAUUAAAACUGUGAUGUGUGGCAUGGAUUGAGAGGUCUUGAACUGAGACUACAACUCGAGGGUCACCUGACGGUCUUUAAGCAAGUUGUUGGAAUUUUUGCCUUCUGGAGAGUCUUGGAUCGUUAUGUACUGGCCAUAGCAUUUGUAAAAGAGUCCCUUGCCCAGC